AUGGCCUCGGUCAAACAGGAAGGCACGAACCAACGACUGGCACACAUUAAAGAAGAGGACUGUGAGUCGGGUGCGCCAGAGGGUGUGUGCGUGAAGGUGGAGGACUGCGAAGAAAGCAUUUCAGUUUUUAAAGAGGAGGAGUGCAAGGAGGAGUCUGCUGAGGUUAAAGUCGAGGACCUGAAAGAUUUCUCAUUUGGCCUUGCACUGCAAAAACGUGAAGCUGGCCCCAUUUUCAAGCGAGAUGUGUGUGAAGAAUCUGUUAACAAUUUGCAGCCCUGGGUCACUAAUACUGGACAACUGGCUACCGUGGAGAUUUCUGUGCAAUUCACUUCAUGCUACUACAGUAGCACAGACGGAGGACAUAAAACUUGUCAACAAGAAGUGAGUAAAUACAUCCAAGUUCAAACUGGAGAAAAACUUUACUGUUGUUUGGAAUGUGGCAAACAAUUCUUACACAAAAGUAGCCUACGUAAGCAUAAGAAGCUUCACACUGGUGAGAAACCUUAUAGUUGUGCUGAAUGUGGCAAAUGUUUCUUAGAGAGAAAUAAUCUUAAUAUCCACAUGACAGUUCAUACCGGAGAAAAACCUUAUUGCUGUCCCGAAUGUGGCAAACGAUUCUCACGAAUUCACAGUCUUCAGAUCCACACAAGAAUCCACACUGGAGAAAAACCUUAUUGCUGUCCCGAAUGUGGCAAACGAUUUUAUGACCGUAGUCGUUUACAGAAGCACACACGAACUCACACUGGAGAGAAACCAUAUGUCUGUUCUGAAUGUGGGAAGAGGCUCUCCAACAGUAGCAGUUUUUGGAAGCACAAGCGCAUUCAUACUGGAGAGAAGCCAUACGUCUGCUCUAAAUGUGGCGAACGCUUUUCCAGCAAUACUGCUCUUUUAAAUCACGCCAAAAUUCAUGCAGGAGAAACACCUGAAUGUGACCAGCAAGUCUUAGCCAGUAAUGACUUUCAUGUUCUUGAAGGAACCCACCCAAAUGAGAAACCUCAUAGCAGUUCUGAGUGUGACAAACAUUUCUCAGACAGCAGCAGUCUGAACAGACACAUGAGGAUUCACACUGGAAAGACUCUCCAUUCUUGUCCAGAAUGUGGGAAAAGAUUCUUAAAAAUACACCUUCUUAAAUGUCAUAUCAGAAUUCAUAAUGGAGAGAAACCUUUUGGCUGUUCCGAGUGUGGCAAACAAUUCUCUCUCAAUAGUAGCUUAAGGACACACAUACGAAUUCAUACAGGAGAGAAGCCAUAUUGCUGCACUCAUUGCGGAAAAAGAUUUUCCAACAGUAGCGGCUUUCGGAAUCACACAAGAACUCAUACUGGAGAGAAGCCGUAUGUCUGUUCUGAAUGUGGAAAAAGCUAUACAAAUAAGACGAGUCUUAAUAUCCAUACCAAAAGUCACACUGGAGAGAAACCGUAUUGCUGUUCAGAAUGUGGAAAAAGCUACAGAAGUAAAAGGAGUCUUUCUAACCAUACCAAAAGUCACACUGGGGAGAAACCUCAUUGUUGUUUGGAAUGUGGCAAGCGAUUCUUACACCUCCCUCAUCUUUAUAACCAUAGAAAAAUUCAUACUGGAGAGAAGCCUCAUUGCUGUUCAGUUUGUGGGAAGAGAUUCUUACAAAGAUCCAACCUUCAACAACAUAUCCAAACUCACACUGGAGAGAAACCUCAUUGUUGUUUGGAAUGUGGCAAGCGAUUUUCAUACCUCCAUAGUCUAUAUAAACAUAGAGGAAUUCAUACCGGAGAGAAGCCUCAUUGUUGUUCAGAAUGCGGGAAGAGAUUCUUAAGAAGAGGCUACCUUCAGCAACAUAUUCGAAUUCAUACUGGAGAGAAACCUUAUUGUUGUUCUGAGUGUGGUAAGCAAUUCUCAAGCAGCAGUAACCUUUAUAGCCAUAAAAGAAUUCAUACUGGUGAGAAACAGCAUGGCUGUUCUGAAUGUGGCAAGCGUUUUUUGAACAACGCCAGUCUUAAUAGCCACAUGAAAAUUCACACUGGAGAGAAACCCUAUGGUUGUUCAGAAUGUGGCAAACGAUUCUCACAAAGAAACAGUCUUCAGAUCCACACAAGACUUCACCACACUGGAGAAAAACCUUUUUCCUGCUCGGAGUGUGGGAAAAGUUUCUGUGACAGCAGGCAUCUUCUGAACCAUGUGCGAAUUCACACUGGGGAGAAGCCAUAUUGCUGUUCUGAAUGUGGAAAAGGGUUCAUGUGGAGAAACAACUUUAGGAGGCAUGCACAGACUCAUACUGGAGAGAAACUGUUUUGCUGUCCUGAAUGUGGGAAAAAAUAUUCUUUCAGUAGCAGCUUAUUGAGGCACAGACGAAUUCAUAGAGGAAACCCCGUUGUAAACAUGGCAGAGAAUUUUUCCACUGACCCUACAAACACAGAAAAAGUGAAAGAAGACAUCACUGCUGUUCCAAAUGAGGAUGAUAAUUCUCAUUUAAAGUAGUUGACAAGUAUGCUGGAAUUCAUAGCAGAGAGAAGGCUUAUGGUGAUGAAUGUGGCAAAUAGUGCUUAGAUGUAAGGUUACCAUUGUGGAGAUACUUUACUGUUGUCUGAAAUAUGGAAAACAAUUCCCACACAGCAGAAGUCUUUAUAAACCUUGAAGAUUUUCUUUUUUUUUUUUAUUUACUGUGAUGAAAUCUUAUUUUUAUCCUGAAUGUGGUAAACGAUUCUUAUGCAACAGAGGCAUUCGUAGCCAUGAACAAAUGCAUACUGGUGGUAAACGCCAUAGUUGUUCUGAAUAUGGCAAGCGACUCUCCUGCAUCAGCUUUCUUUGGAGCACAGAAGAGUUCCCACUGGAAUGUGAAGACAUAAAAAAUAAAAAAGUACCAAAAAAUACAGUUGAAGGUAUGCCAGGUGUGGGACAAACCAACAAACUCAGGGGUCCAUAGAACUAAUGAAACAAGAACUUCUAGGCCCGUCUUAACAUCCUACCAAUCUGUUUAACCCCACAUGAAUUACAAUAGGAAGUUUUGUUAGGAAUCACACAGUGACUACACUAAGCCAUUACUGUAAAUCUGACAGCAGUACAGCAUCAUGUCAAGACCAAAGGGUGCAGUUCACUCCUGUUUGAUGAUAAGCCGUUGGGAGACGUUAACCCCUCAGAGAAACCAUACUGGUGUUGUGAAAGCGGCAAGCAGUUUGAAGGACAAGUAGCUGCUUCAGACUCCGAACAAUGUACUGCCAUACAGGAACUGGUCUUUGCACCACUGCUCUGCCAUUAAAUAGUGAAUAAUACAGGACAGACUGGCCUUGCCCAUUUAUUUUUUUUUUUUUUCUUCUUUUUUCAUGGUUUGGCACACAAUUCUGGUGUUUAAGAAGCAGCUUGCCAGACCCUCGUAACUUUAUCUCCAGUGUUGGCUCUCACCAUAGGAUCUCAUCGGAUUGUAGUUUCCGGAUUUCAUCUGCUCAAACUGAUCAAUCACAAGCAGACUUACAGCCAGAGAUGUCUCCUUUUCAAGGAACUAAAAACAAUCACCUAAUGAUUAGCAACCUUCAUGGAGUGACAAACCUUUGCAGCAGUUGUUAACCAAAAGACCAGGCUUAUCUGUACUCGGGAAACCCAUUGCAACAUGUCCACUCCCACCUUUAGAGCCCACUGCAAGCACCAGCUCUAUAGGAUCAGUGACCUCAGCCUGGCCGUAACUCUGCUCCAUGGCAGGUCACCAAGUCUUAACAAAGGCCGGAGUGAUCCCUUUUAUUCUAAAGAGUGAGCUAUACUAGACUGUAGCGAGUGAACGGCCAUCAGUGCCAGAGUUAGGUGAGGGUACCACCAGUACAGACCUUAAAGUGAGGUGCGUGAGCAAGAAAUGGACCAGACACAAAGCCACACAUCCAUCUUGAUGAAGAAAGGAGACGACUGAGCAGCGAAUACCCAGCAGAUGUUCAUUUAAUGCCUGAAAAUGAGGUCCGUGGUGUUUGAAACAUCAACUCAAAGGACUCCACCAAAGAGAAAAAGGGCAAGAGCUCCUGAACAAAAGAAGUCAAAGUGCGCUUAACCUCCUUUCAUGGUGCCGGAGAAAGACAACUCCAGUAGGAGAAAAAAGCACAUUGGAGUCGUCACGACCCAAACCAUAAGUACACCCAACUUAGAUUCUGGGAACUCUUAAUUAUAAUUUAGUAGUUAGGAUAAAGCCAGCUCACGACUUCUGGAUAUGUGGUAAACACUGGAACUGAACAGUGAUAACCCCUUCUGAGGGAUCCAUUCAUGACGCUUAGAAGCUUCUUUCCCUAAAUUGAGUGGGAAAUUUCAGAGUCGCGUCUCACUCACACACACACACUGAGGACCCGAGUGAGGGGUAACCCAGCAUAAACCAGGAGUGCGCAAAGCAGAGUGCAGACGCUAGAAAUGUGAUAUGCUAGCUAAAGAACUAAUCCCUCAGUGACCACAUUAAGUGCAGGAUCAGAAUUCAUAAGUUGGGUGCCUUUUCCAAAUGGAGAGAAACUAAGCUAACAUGUUUUGUAUUGUUUAUUACUGUCCUUUGUCUGUACAAACAUAUAGCAAUAAUCUAUUAUGCUUAUGUUAUGAAUAAAAUGCAUUGUUUGGUUUA